AGCAGGCCUAGGUUCCUUCUAACCCACCCAGGCGCUGGGUUCCUUGCGAACCCAGCACACUUGCCCGGGUUGGGUUCCAAGGAACCCAGGGGGUUACGCCUAGGUUCCAACCCACGUCGGAACCCAGGCGUUGGGUUCCUAAGUGAACCCACGCCUGGGAACCUGCGCCUGGGUUCGAAAGAACCCAAGCGCUAGGUUCCCUCGAACCCAGGGGUUCGAAUCUUUCUGGAUUGGUGGUGAAAUGGGAGAGACAAGCAACGGGAACAAGAAAUGGAAGGAGAACUUCUACUGGAAUCAUUUUCACUGCAUUCGCUUCAAAUCCCAUCUCUCUGGAGAUUUUCACAAGCAGCUUGCUAUACCCAAAAAAUUUGCUUGUAAUUUGAAAAAAAAACUCCCUGAAAGUGUGACACUUAGAGGUCCUAGCGGUGUCACGUGGGAUGUGGGAUUGGUUACCAAACAUGAUACCUUGUUCUUCAAGGAUGGUUGGGAAAAAUUCGUGAAAGAUCACUCUUUGGCAGAGAAUGAUUUUUUGAUCUUUCAGUACAAUGGGGAGUCCUGUUUUGACGUGCUGUUGUUUGAUCAAAGCCUGUGCGAGAAGGAAGAUUCAUAUUUUCUCAAAAGUUCCACAGAGACAACCAAUGAGAGCAAAGGCCAAACAAAGAAAAGAGUAAUUGAAGAAGAUGUCGCAGUUAACAAUGCGGCACAAAAAUCUGUAGGAAGUAAUGUGAUUAAGUACUACUCACUGUAUGCGUCAAAUAGAAGGCCAGUAACCAAGCAGGAGAAAGCCGCUGCCUUGAAUCUUGCACGUGCUGCAGCAACCGCAGACAGCCUGGUGAAGGUUAUGGAACUGACUAAUGUAUAUGAGAGAUUCCAAUUGGAUAUUACUAGUAAGUGGUUUAAAGACCACUUCCUUAAUGGCAGCCAAUAUGUGAUUCUCCGAGUGAAUGAGAAAAUGUGGCGAGUUAGGGUUGAUUGUGCAUAUUCCCGUACGCACGGGUGGUUUAAUGAUGGGUGGAAGUUUUUUUCGCUUCAAAACUGCUUGGAGGAAUCAGAUGUAUGUGUGUUCACCCCUGCUAAGCAAAAUGUGAAUCACACCUUCACUCUGGAUGUUAGCAUCUUUCGGGUUGUGCAAGAGACAACUCCAGCAACUGGUGUUACAAAUGAGGUGGGCUACAUAGGAAGGAUGUGAAAAACUCCUCCUCUCAUAUCUGUACAUCCUGUUGAAUCCAUUUUGCUCUUGUUUUGCUCUUUGGAAAUGGUUUUGACAGCUGCUAAGCUUGAUUAAAUAUGUUAAAGCUUG